CACUGGUGAGAUGGUGACACUGUAUUUAAUAUGUACGUGCAACGGAAUGUUAUGUAUGUAUAUACAAUAUUUUAGGAAGCAUCCCGUUUAUCGCCGAAGAAUCAGCGCAGAACUGAGUAUUCUGCAAUAGCAUUCCGUAACGUCAAGUUAUCAAGUAUAUCGUCGAGCCUCUCAGUAUCGAUUGCACGAGUAUCGUGAAGUAUCAUCGAUCCCCUCUUAUAGGCGCGAAGGAGAACAGAUUAAAAAAAUGAAUUAUUUUGCUUCGUCAUUCCCAGCCUGAACACUAAGUCUGAAGUCUAAACACCGAGUAGAGAUAUUGUCGUCUGCGUCGUAAAGCAUAACUUCGUUGAGACCUGUUGCAUCCGCAUUGAUCAAUUUUUUCUGAAUCAUGACUUUGAGGUUGUAUUACGAUUUACUCUCGCAACCUUCGAGAGCAUUAUAUAUACUUCUCAAAACAUGGAACAUACCAUUCGAAAAGAAGAUUAUAAAUCUGAAGAAUCUCGAACAAUAUACUCCAGAAUUUGAACGGAUCAAUCCGUACAAGAAAGUCCCUAUUAUAGAGCACGAUGGUUUCUAUCUUUUUGAAAGUGUUGGGAUUUCGCGAUAUAUAUGCCGAGAAUUUAAAGUAGACGAUCAUUGGUAUCCAUCCGAUUCGAAGAAACAGGCGAAAGUCGAUGAAUAUCUAGAGUGGCAACAUCUCAACACCAGACUUCAUUGUUCAUCGUACUUUUUAGCGAAAUUUCUUAAUCCUGUUAUGCGAGGUAAACCAUCAAAACCGGAAAAAGUAGCCGAAUUAGAAAAUCGUAUGAACGAUUGCCUUGACAUUAUUGAGAACGUGUGGCUAAAAGAUAAACCGUUUCUAACAGGAAACACGAUUAGCGUGGCUGAUAUAUUCUGUGCUUGUGAAUUGGAACAACCGCGAAUGGCCGGUUAUGAUCCGAAAAAAGGGAGACCACGUCUGACUGCCUGGAUGGAGAAAGUUGUCACGGAAACGAGUCCUCACUAUCAAGAGGCUCACAAAUUCUUACAUCAAAUAGCUGCACAACAACCACAGCAAAGCUUUACUUUUAAACUUUAG